AGCACAGAGCGUUUUUUACAGUAUUGAAUCGCUGAGUUACAGUUAGUUUACGCUACUUUUUCACUGCGGAAUCAUAAUCUACAUGAUACAGAGGAAAUUAUCUUGCACGUCUGACCGCAGUAAUAAAGAAUUUACAUUAGAUUCAAAAUUGUCGAAGCAGAAUUUAUAAUGAACAUGUUACGUGUGUAGCCUGCUCCACAACCUGCAAUGCAUAUUUCACUCUCUUGCCUUUCAAAGCCCAUUCUUCAUGGAUAUUUCAGGAGUUCAUGCUCUUGGAGAGUCCGAAUUGCUUUUGCUCUGAAAGGAAUUGAAUUUGACCAAGUCCCAGUCAAUCUUAUCAAAGAUGGGGGACAGCAGCUUACAGAUCAGUACAAGCAAUUAAAUCCUAUGCAGCAAGUGCCUGCUGUCCACAUUGACGGCAUCAUCCUGUCACAAUCACUGGCAGUGAUCCAGUACCUCGAGGAGACCAGACCAGGACCUAGGCUCCUUCCUGCCGACCCAGUGAAGCGUGCCCAAGUGCGCAUGGUCUCGGACAUCAUCGCCUCUGGGAUCCAGCCCUUGCAGAAUUUGUGUGUGCUACAGAAGAUAGGAGCAGAGAAGGCACAAUGGGCACAGCAUUUCAUCCAAAGAGGGUUUGAAGCCCUGGAGCCUAUUCUUAAAGAGACAGCUGGCAAGUACUGCAUAGGAGAUGAGAUCUCCAUGGCCGACAUUUGUCUUGUCCCACAAGUCUAUAAUGCUGACCGGUUCAAAGUGGAUGUUGAUCAGUUCCCAACUAUCAAAAGGCUAAAUCAAACCUUAAUGGAGUUAGAUGCUUUCAAAGUGAGUCAUCCAUCUUGCCAACCAGACACACCUGCUGACAUGCGUGCUUGAGAAGUCCUCUUCGACAUCUACAAGAGCCAGUAGCACCAGUAUUACUAAAUACUUCAAUAAAAUGCUUUGAUGUGAA